AUGGUUUCGUUUUUUGGCCUCAGGGUCGGGGGCAAGAAAAAGAAGCCGGAGACCAAGCCCGUUGAGGAGGAGGAGCAGCCACACCAGCGGAACGUUCGAGCAGAUGGUCAAUUCCUGGCCAACAAUGUCACCAGUCCGAAAGGCGGCAUUGGGGGGAGUCUCCGCGUCGCUCCACGAGCCGGUACGCCCCAGCCGGUCCGCAGUUCCACCAUGCCGUACGAUGGCAAAGAUAGCCAAAGUCAUGCCGCCGCCAGCAUGUUCGACUUGUCCUCCCCGGGCUCUACCAGAUCUGGGAGCUCUGCUGGCGGCCUAAAGCUGCAUGCUUCGGAGAUGAACAUGCGGACGCGAUUCGGCAACAACAAUGGAUCCGUCACGAGCUUGGUCAGCCCGUCAUCGGCGGGAUUUGGCGCGCGAUUCGGGGCAAAUAAUGGGUCGUCAACUAGUCUUGCGAGCCCAAAGUCCGGAUUUGGGUCACGGCCGGGCACAUCAGGCGGGAGGGCGAAGCCAUGGGUGAAUCCAUUGGAUAUUCACUUUGCGAAUAAGGCAUCAUCUGGGCCCCCGACGCCCAUGUCACCGCUUAUCGACUCUGUUCAGUUGCCGCCUACGCCGAUUACGGAUGCUGCUGAGACGGGGUCAGUGUUUGGUGAAGAGGCCGAUGACAUGGUGGAUGCUAUUUUGGCCUCGGUGAAAAAGCGGGAGCAGGAAGAAAAGGAGGCGAAGAAAAGGGAGAAGGAACUUGAAAAGCAGCGAGAAACUGCCCGCUUGGAUAUGGAGAGACUGGAGAGGCAGAAGUCGACGGAGAGCACUCUCACGGCAAGGCGACCCUCGGCCCCGCACUCGCCGCUGGAGCUACAACAAUCCUUCGAGGAUCUCGGCCUGCCGGGCCCAGCAUUCAGGAGGGAAACAAACUCCCGGCCGACGAGUCGCAACGGGCCCCCGCAAUCAUCAUGCCUUCAUCAAGGCCCCCCACCCACCGGUCCGCCGACACAGUGUUUACCCCAACCACCCGGCCAAGGACCACCGCGACAAGGGCCCCUUGGUCCUGCUCCGAGGUCUGGUACCCCUCAGCUCCGGUCCAAAGGUUCGUGUCCUGGUGGUUUGGCAUCGGGCGGACCAUCUUAUUCUCAAGGCCCUGGCUCGUCAGGCACCCCCGAGAAGGUUUUCAAGCCUUACCGCCCCCCUCCUCUUGAGAGCUCUGGCGCUCUCGGCCCACUCCCGGAUGCCCUUCGCUCCCCCAGUCCUCCCGUUAACAACUCCAGCGCGGUCCGCUCACAGAGCCCCGCCAUUCGGAGUCCUGGGGUCCAAAACCCGACGUCCCUUGAACAGCGUGGCGCGCUAUUCAACACAGGCCCAGAGGGGCCUGGUAGCAGACGAGGCACACCCAAACCAGAAAAUCAGGGGCUAGGACAGCCGCUUAUAUCCUCCUUAACAUCACCGUCCAAUGUAACCACACCUGCAGGUUCUGUUCGGAGGUUGUCUGUUGAUGACGAGCCAAUUGGAGACCUCCCGCGGCCAGUGAUCAAGAACGUGGUUGCCAAGCGCGAUACUUUAGCACAUAGCACACACCGACAACAAAGCCUGUCGAUGAGGAUCGAGGAGCUGGAAAAGACACUCCUUACCGCCCAGGUGGCCGCAGCUUCGUCCAAGAAGGGACGUCAAUCGGUAAUGAACCGAGUCAGCACCGGGAGCAGCGUCUACACGGACGGGGUCCAGUCUGAGGAUGAAGAUGACGAUGGACCGAUCCUGUCUAUCCAGCCUACGCCGCUUCGCAUCGCGUCGCCGCCUAUAAUCUCCUCCCCACCACCUGCCGCUCCAGCCCUGAGCCACAGCCGGCCACAAAGCCCCAUGCGCGGGCCCCCUCGACGAGGUCCGCUUCCCCGAAGACCAGGUCUCGAGGAAUACGGCGUUGCAGGCGGCCGGGUUGGCGGUAGCCGCGACGGGACACCGACGCCGGGAUUGAGAAGUGCUAGCGCAGACAACUACAGUUCCCAUAGUUCCCCCGUUUCGAGGACCAACACGCCGCAACUACGCCAGGGUAUUAGCGUAGGUCCAGGUCCCGGCCCAGCCUUCAAGCGAGACGUCAGUCAGCCUAGCCCGGCGCCGACGCUGGAUACCACGUUUGAGCGGCCGCGCCCGAGCCCAUCCAUCAACACGGGGUUCAACUUUGACUUUGGCCCUGCGCCGAGUGUCAUUGGGCCUCCUACACCAGACUCGACGAACUGGUCCUUGGUCUCGCCGGCCGGGAACGACGGAGCAAGCCACGCAACCGCGUCAUCGAUUGCCUCUGCACCCCCACGGGGUAAAACCCCUCCUACCGAGCCCUCACAAUCUCUCUCCCCUACAACAAAAUUCACGCGCGCCAACGUUCCCGCCCCUCUCAAUCUCAAAUUCAACUUCUCCUUCGACGCACCCUCGCGCGACCCGAGCCUCAGCCUCGGCUCACCCGUCGGGUCCGGUCCAACCACAGGGAUGUGGACGCCCCCAAUCCGCUCCAUGCCCUCUGCUCCCUGGACAGCGGACGGCCGGCCUUCUACAUCUGGCGGACCGUCUACUUCCGCCGGAGGAGCCAGGAAAAGCGGUGGACUCGCGGCCUCGCCGACUUUCUUGACGCCCAGAUUUCCUGACACCGACCUGCCCCGCGAGAGGGAUAGGGGUGAUGAUGACGAUCCUGCGGCGUUUAUGGGGAUUGGCAUGGCCCGGGGACCGAGUAUUCGGGACGUGAGGCGGCCGAAGCCAGCUGGGAAUGGUGGGCAUUACGCCGGCGAUGGUGGGAGAAAAACGAGUGGGAAGGGGAAGGCUGGGAUGGUGGAUUCUUUUGGGACUGGGUUUAUCUGA